AUGUACUUGUGCGUGCAAGGAAAAACAUGAAAUAAUAUAUUAUUUAAAACAAAUAAUUUUUUUAAUCUAAAUAAGUGCGGAAAUAAAGCAACUUGCAAAAAAAUUAUACUACAAUUAUUCUUUUACAAAAAAAAGAUAAAUAAAUAAAAAACAAAUUAUUAAACCAAUUGAAGAUAAAGUCAUAAAAUAUUUUAGUUUAAAAUGUCAAGUCAACAUUGUCUAUAAAUAUCGAUAUCUAUAAAUUAUUAUUGAUAAAAUUAAAAACCCAAACACAAAAUUAAAGCAUAGAAAAAUUAUAAAUUAAAAACUAAAAAAAGUGAAUAUAAAAUAAAUAUCUAUAUAAAUGAAAAUAAGCCAUAAGUUCAAACUAUAUUGUAAAUUAGAAAUAUAAAACAAGUACAAAAAAAUGCCUUCAAGAAUAUUUUACAAAAGUUCCCAAGCUUCGUCUCAGAUUUUAGUGGCACUGACAGCCACAAUUUCAAUGAUAAUACUUGGCACAAAUAUUGGAUGGACAUCGCCAAUAAUUCCAAAUUUAUUAAACUCAUCAUCAGAUUCACCUCUACAAUUAUCGAGUGCAAAUGCCGCUUGGGUCACAUCAUUCCUCAUGCUCGGCUCACUUCCAGGAUGCAUUAUUGCCUCACUUAUUGUCGAUCGUAUUGGUCGUAAGAUAAGUUUACUUCUUACAAAUAUUCCCCUAAUGAUUGGAUGGAUUUUAAUUCUAAUUUCCCAUGAACCACAUACGCUCUUCAUUGCGCGUUUCAUCAGUGGAAUUGGAAUGGGAAGUGUCUAUACAUUGUGUCCAAUAUAUAUCGGUGAAAUUGCCGACAAAAAUAUUCGUGGUACACUAGGUUCAUUUUUAAAGUUAAUGAUGCAUUUCGGUGAACUUUAUAGUCACGCAAUUGGACCCUAUGUCUCCUAUACAAUAAUGGGCUAUUGUUGUGCAAUUAUUCCGAUAAUAUUUUUCAUCACUUUCAUUUGGAUGCCUGAAUCACCGUAUUAUCUUCUGGUGAAGAAUAGAAAAAAUGAUGCGCUGAAUAGUCUUCGAUUUUUGAGACACUAUGGAGAUGAUAAUAAAUUAUUUGAAGAACUGGAACAAAUAAAUGAAACUGUCAUUCAGGAUUUGUCGAAUAAAAGAAAAUUUUGGUAUCUUUUUCGUACCUCUGGGAAUAAGAAGGCUGUUAUCAUUUGUUUUGGUCUGCAGUUGAUUCUUCAGUUCAGUGGAUUAGCCGCUAUUGAAUCUUAUACUCAGAAAAUAAUGGACGAGGCAGAAACACAAUUAUCAGCGUCAAUCGAGGUGAUAAUUCUCAAUAUUUUCCAAAUAAUUGCCGGAAUAUUUUCGGCGAUUCUUGUCGAUAAAAUUGGACGUCGACCAUUAUUGAUAAAUACAACAUUUCUCGCUGGUUGUUCAUUGUUGAUUAGCAGCAUUUUCUUUUAUCUUAAAAAUCAAUUAAAAUUAGAUAUGAAACCAUAUGGUUAUAUUUUAGUAAUUUCAAUAAUAUUCUAUGAAUUUAUAAUUUCAGUUGGUUUAAAUCCACUCACAUAUAUGAUGUUAGGGGAAUUAUUUUCCACCGAUAUUAAAGGUUUUGCUGUUUGCUCGGCAAAUAUUUGGGGCGGUCUUGUAGCAUUUAGUGUGACAAAAUUAUUUCAAGUCAUUUCCGAUUCAUCGGGAGUGGAAAUUUCAUUUCUAUGGUUCUCUAUGUCGUGUUUUAUUGGAGUUGUAUUUAUUAUUUACUGUGUUCCCGAGACUAAAGGCAAAACAUUUGCUGAAAUUCAAGGUGAAUUAAAUUCAAUUAACGGGGAAAAAUCUAUCAAUAGUAAAAGUUGAAUUUCAAUUUUUAGUAAUCACUUAAAAAAUGUUAACAAUAUUUUAAGUGAUUAAUUAAAAAUAAUUAAUUUAUAAUAAUCAAUUAAAAUUGAUGUUCAAUUUUAAAACGGAAAUUUCAAGACUGUUUAGCGAAAUAAUUCUCGUAUUGGAAAUCGAAUUUUUUCUAUUACUAAAUGAUCUCUUCUAAAUGACAAUUGAAUUAGAAUUAUAAUUUUAGACUGUUUUUUUAUUUUCGUACUUGUACAUUUUUUUCAAUAAUCUCAUUUGGAUUACGUAAGUAUAUAUAAUAUGUUUAAAUACAGAAUAGCGUUUUUAGAUUUUUAGAAAAGAUAUGGAUUUUUUUUUACUAAAGGCGAAGAGUUUAGACAGAUAUGUACUUAAAGCUGAAAAUUCAUUUGAUACAAUGUUCGUUUUUUAAAUCUCACUUUUACACAUGUUUCGAAAUAAAGGCGCUAAACAAUUUCUGUCAAUAAUUAAUAAAACGGAAAUUAUUUUUAGCGAAACUAUUUAUGUGCUUACAGUUAAGCAAAAAAUAAAAGAUGAAAAUUAUAAUUAAAUUAUAACAGUAACUUUUUCUUUUUCUCCUUUAAGCAUCUAUAUAUAAUUAAACUGAAAAUUAAAAAAAAUUAGAAAUUUAGAAAUUGAAUCUCAAAAGAACAGAAAUACAAUUUCCCUUUUUUAUUAAUUAUUGACAGGAAUUGCUAGGCACUUGAAGUUUUUUUCAUUUAUCGCUUAUUUGCUGUAAACUAUGGCUUGAAAAAGAUUUUUUUUUUAAAUUAAAAAAGAGCUUUACGAAUUGAACAGCAAUGAUAGCAAUGAAAAAGUUAAUACUGCCUUUCUAAAUUUAAAUACAUGUAUAUUUUUUACAACUCGGUGCCGACUAUAUUUUCUUAUCUUAGAAAUUAAAUUGUACGUAUCUAUUAAAUUGUUUCUUUUUUUUUUUAAAUAUUAUUGUGACAAAAUACU